UGGCAGAAUUUAAUUUUCUAGAACUUUUAUGGUACAACAUUAUCGUCAAUUCAUGUCGUGACAGAAAGAAUUAGGUGAUAAUUCAACGGGUAUUCUCGCGAUUCCUAUGAUUUCUGCCUCGGUUUAGAGUAUCCAUUCUUGCACAAUGAGUAAACGAAAGCGCGGUUCUAACAAGGCUGGCGCAAAUGGCAGCCAGCCUGCGCAAAAGCGAACGAAGAUUGAUCAAUCUGCGCAGAAUGUUGUUGAGGCAGCAACCCUUGAUCUUGAAAAGUCACCCUUCACCGAGACUUUGAAUGGAGAUGCUCGAAGACGAGAAGCGAAGGUAUACGAAUUACUCGGCAGCGCUGAUAGCGACGAGCGAAUUGCUGCUGCCGACGCGCUCGUCACCGGACUUUUGCUCUCAUCGGAAGCAGCUCUCCAGAGGCAUCUUGACAAUCGUCUGUUUCGCGGUCUAGCGAGCUCGCGGAAUGCUUCUCGAGUAGGCUUCAGCCUUGUGAUAGCUGAGAUACUGAAUCAGCUAUUCGGAUCCAAGGCUUUGGCCAAGUCGAAAUACCCUGGCUUAACAUUCGAUAAGGUCUUGAACAUUUUAGUGGAGAAGACCACGCCUAGCGGUCAUGUUCCCGGACAGGAAGAGAGGGAUUGCUUCUUUGGUCGCUUAUUCGGUUUGCAGUGCUUCGUCGAAUCUAAGAUUCUCUUUGACGAGGCGUCAAGAUGGCCAAAAGUCUUAGAACUACUAUUAGGGAUGGCCGACAAGAAGGUUUGGAUACGGUCGCACUCUGCGUGGGUUGUUGUUGAGUCGCUGCCUCAAAUGGGGCAGGACAGAGCAGAAGCAACCCUUCAGCAGCUCUCUGAUAUUGGCCUUGGCAAGACUGCAGAGGGUAUCGGAAUCUGGAUGAAGGCGCGAAGUUGCUACCCCGACUUGAAGACGCCCGCAAAACCUUGGCAUGAUCCUAUGAGCCCUAGCGUUCUGCCGGAAGUUGCUCGAGUCCUCAAGGAUAAUGUGGCGCAAGACAACGGGGAGGACACAGCUGUCACCAAAGCCAAGCAAGGUGGCUGGACUGCUCAAUUGCACUUUGUCUGGGAUCUUAUACUUGCGACAUUCAUCGGACAGCAUACUAAUCCGAAGGAGAGCAAAGACCAACUGAGGCUUUUUUGGACGACUGUUGUUGAUGAUGGGCUCUUCUCCAAAAAUGCUUCCGAUGCGCAGAAAUUCCGCGGUUUCGUCAUAUUCCAGAAAUUCCUCCAGGGAUUUGCGUCAGACAAGCCAAAUUUGGCUAGGGAAUUAUUUACCCGAAAUCUGAUGAAGUGCCUGAUGAAUCAAGCUGCCAAGGAAGACCGAUAUCUUCAUCGAGCUGCGCUAAAAAGCCUUCAAUCGAUGGAAAAGGCCGUGCAAGCCUCUCCUGAGCUCUUAUUACCAGUUCUCAAGGAGGUUCUUGGGAAGCACGGAGCUUAUGACUUCGACCAGCGAACCAGUACCAAGACGGUCGAGAGCCUGCUUCAAUGGGUCACCCCAGACGAUGCGAAGAACGUUCUCAAGCUUCUUCGAGAUCCUGUUGUUAUCGCGAAAGACAAUGAAUCCGCCGAAAUCGAGAAACUCAGGCAAGUCUACGCUGGCUAUGUGUCAAAAUUAGCAACGCAGGCAAAACCGGUCUCCGAGGCUUCUAAUAACGGCGAUGACACUAUCAACAUUGCGGAGCUCGGUGUCAAGGAAUUAGCGGCAUGCGCCUAUUCGGUACAAUCGCAAUUUAAACCUGAGCUUUCAGAUAAGUCAAGAGAGGCCUUCCGCAGGUUACUCGCAUCUACGAUUGGAAAGGUCAUGAAGCGACGAGCCGACGCUGAGUACUUAUGCAAUGCAGUAAUCUCAGUUGAGCCCACAGCUGUGAACAUGAGCGGAGAAAUCAAAGCUGAGCAAGAGAACGCAUUAAAGGCCAUGCGUAAAUUGCUGAAAGCCGGCAAAAAGUCGGAUAAUAAGAAAUCAGGGGCAUCUGUUGGUCUCGCUCUAUUGUAUGCCAUCACUAUCCUACAACUAUACGAUGGGGCGCCGGAUGCAAUUGACAUUCUACAAGAUCUGGAGCGAUGUUCCGAGAAGAUGAAGAGCAAGGAAGGUGGGAGCUCAGAGCUCCUGGUGGAGAUACUGCUAUCGUUGGUUUCGCGGCAGUCACCUAUGAUGCGGCAGAUUAGCGAGCAAGUCUUCGAGGCAUUCACCUCGCAAUUGUCACCCGAAGCCCUGGAGCUUCUAACGGAGCCACUGGUCGCGGAAGAAAACGAAAAGGGGUACCAAGCGCUAUUCGAGAAUCUGGAGGAUGAGGAUAUGGAGAUGGAAGACGCCGAGGACUCGAGUUCCGAAGAUGAAGUCGAGGACGUUGAAGAAGACGAAAUUUCGGAAAUUGGCUCUGAUGUCGAAUUCGUCACUCUUAACGGCGCAGAGACCGAGGCAGGUGACGAAGACGAGGACGAAGACGAAGAUAGCAGCCCCGAGGACGAGGAUAACGAGCAAGCCGAGGCCAACGCCAAAGAACUCGCGGACCUCGACGACGCGCUCGCCAGAGUCCUAAGAAGCCACCGUCUAGACAAGGACAAAGAGGCCGAGUCCUCAGACAACGACUCGGACAUGACGGACUCGGAAAUGAUAGCCCUAGACGAGAAGCUCGUCGAAGUCUUCAAACAGCGGGCCAAGAAAACGGGCAAGAAGAAGGAGAAGAAAGACGCCAAGGAAUCGGUCGUCAUGUUCAAGCACCGCGUCCUCGACCUCCUCGCCCUGUACCUCAAGCACGAGGCCGCGAACCCGCUGGCCUUCUCCCUCCUCCUGCCCCUCCUCGACCUCGUGCGCACCACCACCGCCAAGCCCCUCGCCAACAAGGCCGGCGCCGCGAUCGAAAACUUCGCCAAGGCGUUCCGGAAGGCGCGCACCACCGCCGCCGUCGCGAGCAGCAGCGAGGCUGGUAGUAGUAGUAAUAGUAGAUUCGUCGCGGAACCGCUGUUCACGCUGCUGAGGCAGAUCCACGAACAGGCGGCUAGGGACGCGUCACACGCGCACAGCCGGGCGGCGUCGGCGGCGAGUCUGCUGGUCGCGUCGAGCUUGGUUGUUGAUAAGGCGAAUGUGGAGGGGGUUAACGAGGUUUAUGCAAGGACGUUUGCGAGGUGUCAGAGGGGCGAGAUGAAGGUCCAGGGCUUCUUCUUUACGGAUUGGGUUAAUUGGGGGAUGGGGCAUGCGGCGAAUGCGGCGAAUUUGAGUGCGGGUGCUGGUGGGGGUGUUGGUGUCGGUACUGGGGGACAGGUAUAGGGAGUGUCGUGAAGGCGUCGUGAAGGCGUGCGAUUCGAGGAUCGAAGAGCCUUGGCUAGAUCGGUGAUACGAGGUAUCCACAACAUGUGCAUGUGCGGGCAGUUUCUGCUGAAGCAUAAUUGGAGAAUUGUGGUCUUGCCUGUUACCUAUCACAGUGAGCUAUGCUUCGUGCUAAAUCUUUCAUUACGCGCGUAAGCGCCCAGCUUCCACUAUAUUUUUCAUGUACGGGAAUUGUGUUUUGAAAACUCCUUCCUAGCUUCUUAGAUCUGCCAGUUACAGGAGUUGUUCUCGAUAAUCUAGGCGGCGGGGCACGACAUGACCUUCAUUCUAACUACCAAACUACACCUAAUCUCGUCGUAGUCGAUUUCUAUUGCGCAUGAAUUAGCACUGGCAUAUUUCCUCCUUUAUCUGUAGCACUUUUCCUCUCGGUUAAAUGCGGCUCUUGUGUCGUCAACGUGCACCUCAGUCAUUACCUAUUGAGACGAGAGGUGCGUCCUAGGUUCGGG